AUGCCGUCUUUCUACGAGGCCUUGAACGUGAGCAGGUCUGCCGCCGAAGUGGAGCUGCGCUCCGCCUACAGGCGGCAGGCACUUGCCACCCAUCCAGAUAAGGGGGGCACGUCGGAGGCUUUCAGGCUGGUGGUCGAAGCCUUCGAGACUCUUGCGGAUCCCGUGCGCCGUGCAGCUUACGACAUCCAGCUGGUGAACGCAGGAGCCACUCGCACGGAGGGCCGAGUCGCAGGGCCCGGCGGCCACGAUGCCGAAGAGCCGCAACCGCCUGCAAAGAGAGCUUCCGGAGAGGCUGCACGCAGCGCGACGAAGAAAGCAAAGGGCAAGAACGGCAGUGCAACUCGUGCCAGCCCUGGAGCUGAGAAGCCCAGUGACAGUCGCGAGCAGCCACCGGAAGAGUGCAAGGACCAUGCCACUUGGGUGCGGGAGCUGCUCGCACUGAGCCAGCCGGCACUUCGCGUACGCAUCAAGUCCAUGUCUGUGGAGGUUCUCCGAAAACUCCUCGAGUUCCUCGAUUCCGGCGGCGAAAUUGACUCCAGCGAGGAGCAUUCCGAGGAAGCGCCAAAGGAGCCGAACGAGCCUCUGUUGACCAUCUGUGGGAUCGCUAAUGAAGACGACGCUACAGAUGAAGAAGCCCAUGAAGGAGCAGUCAGAGACGGCGAUCUGCAAGGCCGAGGCAGGAAACCCCGGCGAGGAAUCUGGGGAGACAAGCAUGACGGCUGUUACACAACCAGCGUGGGUUUUGAGGGGGUUGCGGCAUUCUCACAACGCAGCGUGGACCUGGACAAGAUCAUUGACAUGCAUAUCAGCUUGGUGCGAAUGCGACAACGAUUUUACGAACACCGCGCAUCUGGUCGUAGCUUCAGAGAGGCCCUCAGUGAUGCAGUCGCCGAGAUGCAUUUGAGCAGGACCAACUCCCAGUCUCCUGCUAUUCGUAUUCGUUUCCGCUGCAGGCGUUCGACGAGCAGCUAUAAGAGAGUUGACCUGGAAGAGCUAAUUCCUAUUUGGGAGGCCACGGACAAAGUACGACAAGAGAGAAGAGAAAGGAGGCAGCAGCAGGAGCAGCAGCGGCAGGCCAAGAAGAGAGAACGUGAAGCAGCCUCCAGGGCUCAGAAACUGGAAUUCUUGCGUCAGGAGCUGCGGAACAUGCUUCAACACCUGUUGCAGAAAGCAUGGGGUGUAAAGGCCCUUCCCGAUGGAGUCGUGCCGAGUCAGGCACCUGGCUUUAAGGGUGCAUUUCUCUGCGCACAGCUGUGCCUGCAAGACGGCUCGCUGUGCACUGGUCCACCACGCAAAGACCUUUCCCUGGCCAAAAGCGACUUGCGGGAGUUCUCAAUCCUGCAGCGCAGAAGAGGGGACGAGGCACUGCGAGAGGAGCUGCAUCGCAGAGAGCUUGAGGCCAUGACGAUGCUGUUCAUGUCCGGUAUGGCUCCGUAG